GAAGAUCGCGAUGAGCGGUACUGACCAGGUCCUGUGGUCCAGCCUGAAGGCAGUGGGCACUUUGGCUGUGAUGGCUUCUGGUGGUGUCUUCUUGAAGCGGGUUGGAUUGAUGACGCCUCAAAUCAGCCGGGGCCUGAGCGAGAUAAGCAUGAAGUUGACGAUCCCGUGCUUGCUGUUCACGACGGCCAUCGAUUGUGCGCAGGACUGGAGCGACCGCCCCUGCACCCGGUUGCUCGACCAGCUUGCUGAGGGGUGGCCCAUGCUGCUGCUGCCGGCCCUCUACGUGGGUGUCGGCGUCUUGGUCGGCCACGGUGCUGUUCUGCUCGGUGGCAUCGAGGAGAGCUUCCGCUCCCCUGCCAUUGCUGCCGUGGCCUUCGGCAACUCCACCGGGCUGCCUAUCACGUUGCUCGCGGUCGUCCAGGCCCAGUUCUCGCAGGGCACGGACCUCGUCCUGCAGUGGACCGUCGGCGCCUGGCUGCUCAGCCCCAGGCCUCCAGAGGUCACGGAAGGGCUCGAGCUGCAGGGCUUCCGGCGGUCGAGCUGGAUCGAGUCCCCGAGCUUCAAAGUGAUGACAUCUCGGAGGUCGUUCCCUGACGUCGGGAGCCCGGAGGGUGCUAUCUUCCAAUGGGUAUUCAACGGACUGAAAAAGAUAGGGCAGGCUGCAGUCCCCAUUAACAUGUUCAUUCUCGGCAACACGCUCACAAGUGGGAUCAGCAGUGGCAGCGUCCCAAUGCGCACGGCCAUCGUGGUGACCCUGGCCAAGAUGGUUGUGAUGCCCACGUUUGGGCUCCUGGUCUGUUUGGCUAUGAAGAGCGCGCGCAUGAUCAGCGAUGGCCCUGACGAGGCCUUUUACUUGGUUGCCACAAUCGUUACAGCAACGCCCACGGCCAACAACCUGAUGGUGAUGGCGGAGCUUGCCGGAGGCGGCAAGGAAGGGCUUACAGAUGCAGACAUCGACAAGAUCGCAGGCAGGGUGGCCCAGAUGAUACGGCUGGGCACAGGGACAUCUCCGGCCUCGGCGCCACCUGAGAGCGCACCCAACCUCCAGGGGCUCGCCGGUCAAGAUCAGAGCGCGGCUCCAUCUCACGAGGCGGGCUGGAGCGUAGUAGACGACCCCUGGACGGAACAGGAUCCGUGGCGAGAAGAAUGGAGAGCGAAGGAUGCGCGGGCAGAAGAUGACAAGCUCACACCACCAUCCAUGAGGGCAUCAGACACUUGGAAGGAGUGGAGAGACGGAUCUGAGCAGCGACAGUCCUGGGAUCAGGACGACGGAUGGAAGAGCAGACCCGGGCGACAACAUGCCUGGGAUCAAGACAACUCGUGGCAGAGUUGGAGCAGUCAAGGCAGCUCAUGGCAGCACGACCGCGGCUGGUGGCAGGGCCAGUGGACCCAACCCAGGCCAGCACCAUCCUGGCCAGGCUGGGUGAGAUUCAGGCUGUGGAAGCAGUACGUGAAGCGUUGGAAGGACAGCCUGCACCUGAGCGAGGUACAGGCAGCAGACAGGCUGCUGGAGAUCUUGCCCUGGGAGAUCAGGACGACUCUCGAGGACAUCCCAGACAGCGAGCUGACGGUAGAGAUCAUACUGAGGAGGAUGGGCUUCAAGUCCGGCGAGCGCGAGGACGACGACCUCUACCGGACAGGCAGUGAGGCCAUGCAGGACACGGAGAGGAAGAAGGACGAGGACCUGCACGCCUUCGCGGAGCGACGCCGACGUCAAUUCGACAAGGCGAAGAGCAUCGGGAUGGAGAUCCCGCAGAAGAUCCAAGGCAUGCUGCUGAUGCAAGGAGCUCGUCUCAACGAGCAGGGCAGGCAGAACCUCAAGAGCCUGACGAAGGGCUCGAUGCUGGGCGAGGACAUCCUCUGGGCACUGCCCAAGCUGGACACCGGAGGGAAGAUCUGGAGCGACGGCAAGCAGUCAUCGCUUCUGAGCAUGGGGUCGGAGGAGGCGCCACCACCUUCCGAGCCCCAUCGGGCAGAGUCUGGGCCUGUCGAGGAGCCGAUCUACGAGUGGUCGUACUGGGCCGACGAGCUCGACUCCGAGGACGAGGCCAUGGUGCUCGUCGAGCUCUCAGAGAAGAGCCUCGCGGAGCCCGAGGUGGUCGAGACUUUGGCGCAGAUCGGAAAGACCAAGAAGACGUGGAAGGAGAACCAGCAGCUGAAGACGGCGCUCAAGCGGGAUCGAGGCUUCUGGAAGAAGAAGCGCCGGCUCACCCCGUCACAGCUGAAGCUGAUCACGAAGUGCGGCAACUGUGGAGAAGUAGGGCACUGGCACAAAGAGUGCAAGAAUCCUCACCGUCCCAGAGAGCGAGAUGGCAAAGGCAAACCUCGGUCUGGAGGGGCCGAGAUCGAGGCUUUCACGUUCGCGGCGAUUGGCGCGAGCGACGACCAGGACUUCAACCUCGACGGCAUCACGGUCCUGGGCAGGGAGGUGCUGGCGACCCUCAGGGAGAUCAUCAGCUCGGAGACCACGGAGCUCUCGCUGCUGAUUCUCGAGGGCGGCCUGAUCAUCGUGGACAGCGGCGCCUCCCAGGCGAUCAUAGGUCGCCGGGCUUUGAAGGAGCUCGAGGGAGAUCUGCAGCGACGAGGCCUGCGGAUCAACUGGAUCGAGAAGAGCGUCCAGACACCUCGGGGCAUCGGCGGAUCGGCCACGCUGGUCGGAGUCGCCGUGGUGCCCAUCUCCAUCGGCGGCAAGAGCGGGACCGUCGAGUUCGUGGUGACCGAGGAGGACCUGCCUCCACUUUUGCCAGGCGGGUUUCUCGAGCAGUUCGGCGCGGUGCUGGACUACGAGAAGGAUCUUCUUCUUCUGAAGAAGUUGGACUGUGAGACUGAGCUCCACCGGAUCGGGAAGAACCACCGGGGGAUCUACAUCAACGACUGGCGCGGGACAGAGAGCAGCUUCUCUCCCAGCUCGCGCGCCUUGCCAGCCGGCCUUGGCUCGGACGCCUUCCGAGCCCCGACUGAAAAAAAGGACGCGCUCUCUUGGAGGGACCCCUCUAGACGCAACUACCGAGCUCACCGCGAGACCCGCCUCAAGUCGAUGCGGAGCCGACCAGACUCGGACAUCUCAGAGAGGGUCAAGAUCCAGUGGAUCAGGCUGCUGCAUGCCGGACUGAUGUGGAUACAGACCCUCAUGGACAAAUUCUUCGCUCUGAACAGGCGCGGGAGACUCUUCCCAGGAAGGGAGCUUCGUCGGAGGAUGAUGGAGGACCCCAGGCUGGUGAACGACCUCUACGAGUACCGGGUUCCGAUGUCGGCACCCUUGGCAGACGGGGCGGUGCCUUGGACGCUAUGUGUGCAUCGCCCCAGGUGGUUCGUGACCUCCUACAACCAGCACGGGAACUGGGAGCAGUGCAGCAAGUGCAAGGCGAGGACGUCCUAUCGAGAGAUCGGGUACCGCGGGGACGGCCACCGACAGAUGACAGCAUCAGAGAUAAGGAGGCUCAGGCAGCAGCUACCGCGCGAUGUCAGGCCACUGAGCUCGGCAGGUUCGGCGUCGCAGGAGGGCACAGCCCAGGCUCCGAGUCGACGCGCGGCGUCGGCGCCGAACGACGAGAACACCUGGUCGAGCUUCAACCAGGAGCCUCCACCUCCGUGGGCAUCGGAGAUGGUGCGAGGUCUAUCGGCAGCAGUGGCCGAGGCAAUGACGGCAUCCACGGGGCCGAUGGCAGCAGCGCUACGCGAGCAAUCUGUGACGCUCUCGCACAUGGUGGCCACGAUGCAGCAGAUGGCACCAGAACCCCCAGCAGCAAGCGGGAGUGCGGACUCCAGCACGCCGGCAUCGCCAACCGGACCGCCACCGACGACCACCGGGGCAUCUCCAAACCUCGGGUUCACCAUGGUGGAGGAGGCCCCGGCGGACACCGACAUCUCCUACUUUGUCGAGGACGGGUCUACGGGUGCGGGGUCCUACUACGUUGUCCCACUCCAGAGCUACCUGUCUAUCACGACGCUACGCGGCUCCGAGCUAUUUCACGACUCCGACGACACGCUAGCUAACCUAACGGGCCUGGACAACUACACCCACCAGUUCAGAGUUGAUCAGAGGGAACUAGGAAAGCAGUUGAUCAAGAAAUGGCGCCCGUGGUUGGUAUUUCUCAGUCCUCCAUGCACCGAAUUCGCCACCAUCAACGCAGUCAACGACGAGCGGCGAGACCCGGUCGUGAUGGCCCGAGCACGUGAGGGAGCAUUGGACCUGUGGGCGUAUUCAAUGGAGAUAAUCGAGCUUCAGAUCUCGGGCGGUCGCAAGUUCGCCCUGGAACAACCUGCUACCGCGACUUCUUGGGCUCUUCCCAGUACUCAGAGGCUUCUGGAGCUCCCGGGCGCGUCCAGGAUCACGUUUGACAUGUGCAGCGUCCCAGACUGGUUCGACACCUGCCGGAUCGGAGACAGGCUCCCAGGCGGUGGCCACCGCUGGCGGCUCGCGGGCAUCGUCGAGACGUCCUUCACUGUCCGAGGUCGGGUUCGCACUCAGAUCCAGGAGUUCGAGAACUGGCGAUCUCAGCGGGGCAGCGCUGCAGCCUCCUCUCAGGCCGAGCCCCAGGGGGCGGGAUCGGAGACCCCGAUGGACGAGACCGGCUUCAGUGCUCUCGAGGGCUACUGCGAGGUGCUGGAUUCCUGGUUCGAGGACUCCGGCUGGAGCGGGGACAUCGAGACCUACAUGAACGGCCGGAAGGAUCUGAUCUUCGAGCACUCAGAGGACAGCGCCGGGCAGUGGUCCCUGCUCUCCUCACGCGGCGGGGAGGUCAAGCUCAAGGAUCUCUCGGCCCAGCAGCUCGAGGAGUUCCGACGAUCGGACGAGGCCGAGUGGGGCGUACUCAACAAGCCGAGUGUGUUGCGGAUCCUCAGCAAGGAGGAGUCCACUCGUGUGCUUCGUACCCGACCAGAGCGGGUGCUAUCGUCCAGAAUGGUACGCCGAUGGAAGGCACAAGAGGGCACGUUCAGUGCCCCAAAGGCAAAGAGCAGAUGGUGCGUGCACGGAUUUGCAGAUCCUGACACUGAAAAUCUAGUGACAUACUCUCCGACACCUCAGUCCGAGGCCAUGAUGCUCUUCGGACUCGUGCUCUUAGGCCAUGGCAUGGACCAGAGCAUCGUGGACUGCAAGAACGCCUUCAGUCAGUCGAGACGGCUCCGCAGGGCUGGUGGACCCAUCUACGUGGCUCCCUGCGAGGGGCUUACUGGCAUUCACGUUCCCGACGGGUGCCUGAUUGAGCUACACGUCGCCGUCUAUGGUCUGGACGACGCCCCUUGGGAAUGGCACGCCACGAUCACCUCCUACCUUCGCGACCUCGGCUUCAAGAAGCUGCUGAUGGAGCCCUGCUACUGGACACUCCGGGAGCAGGGUGUCCUGAAGGGUCAGGUCCUGAUAGAGGUGGACGAUCUCUGGCUGGGAACGGUUGCCUCUCACACGAAGUGGUUGGCCGACUCUCUGAAGGCCAGGUUCACUUUCGGCAAGUGGCGAGGUGACGAGGCAGAGUUUGCAGGACGCCGCAUCAGAAAAGAGGCUCACCGCAUUCGCCUGGACCAGGAGAAGUACAUAUUGGAGGAGAUUCAUCCGAUUGUCUUGGAGAAGGGCCGCCGCUCCAAGAGACACGAGUCUCUGAGCCGCUCCGAGUUCGAGCAGCUCCGAUCCGGCAUCUACCGGAUCAACUGGGUGGCGAAGGAGACCCGUCCUGAAGUGGCGGGCACGGCCUCCAUACUCGCCAGCAAGCUGGAGCAGGCGGUAGUGGAGGACAUCGUAGUUUUCAACCGGGCCGUCCAGAUGCUGCGCGACACCGCCUCGCAGUACCUGACCAUCUGGCGCCACGACCUGUCGCAGGUGGUGAGCUUCACCUUGAGCGACGCGGCGGGAAUCGGCACGGACUCGCCCAUACAAUGUGCUUGGGCUGUAGGAGUGGCUGACCCUCAGCUGGCCGCCGGACUGACCAGCAAGUCCCUUGGAGAAUCCGACUGGAUUCAGCUGCUGCUUCGUGACGCUUGCUUCGGGGACGUUCCGACCGCCGACUGGCGACAGCACGCCGGCCCCUACGUGUCUGUGCUACGUGACAACUGUGAGUUGCACCGGCCCUUGCCUGGAGUUCAUGCUACGGACGCUAAGUCUAUCUUCGACUGCCUCUCCAAGAACUGUGCUGGCCGGAAGGAGGACCGCAGGACUUCUGUGGAUUUCGCAAUCGCUCGGGACUCAUUCACCCAGCGAGGCUCGUGCGUGAAGUGGUUUCCUCAUCUGCUCAAUCCUACUGACGUGAUGACCAAGGCUGAUGUGUCCAAGGGGUCCGAUGCCAUGGGCCACAUGAUUCGCCGUGGGACUCUGACAUUGAGUGAUGCCGAAUCGGAGAGGGCCCACCUCCUUGCCGGUGGAGAGAAGGGCCGGCGCAGUCGCGAGGCCAGCCGUCGCUAUCUUCAGGACCGCGAACGGCGGCUCGAGGAGUCAGGCCGACAGUAA